UGCAGUACCGAAGCAAAACUGUAGGAGCAGUCGAAACUGUGCUUCUUGACCGGAACCCAGGCCCCUUCAUCUGCCACAGCACACCUGACACCGCUCUCGACAGGAGUGGAAACUAAAAAGAAGGGAGGGAAUUCUUAGCCCGUGGGAGUCGUCUGUAGUGUGUGCUGCUGACAAACUAACAUGUUGUCGGAAGGCAGCUCCUUCAUGAAGGGGAUGGCCCUGGGAGGCAUAUUCUGCCUGUUGUUGUCCCUGUUAGGGAGCUUCACACCAGGCAUGCAGUCUAGCCCAGAGGACCAGCACCACCACCACCACAUCAAGGCUCCCACCAACGACGAGCUACAGAGCCUGUCCGAGCCCCAGAUGGUGGAGCUGAGCCAGAAGGUGCGAGUCUAUUGCGUCAUCAUGGUUCAGCCUAAGGUCCUAGUGUAUUGGGCCACAGCCAAGGACACCUGGGGUAAACACUGCGACCAGGCUGUAUUCUACAGCUCCGAGUCAGCCAAAGCUCUGGAAGCGGUGGACCUUAACGAACAGGACGAGUGGGCCAAGCUGCACAAGGCCCUGAAGCACGCGUACGACAAUUCCGGUGACCUGCGAUGGUUCUUUGUGGCGCGGCCUACCACCUUUGCCAUUAUUGAGAACCUCAAGUACCUCGUUCUGGCCAAAGACCCCAACGAGCCCUUUUACAUUGGCCACACCGUGAAAUCGGGCGAACUUGAGUACGUUGAGUACGAGAGCGGCAUCGUGCUGAGCUACGAAGCCCUCAGAAGGCUGGUGAACGUGUUCAAAGACGGGGAGAAGUGUCCAGAGCGAGGCAGGUCCCUUUGGAAGCUAAGCGAAGAGAAACAGCUGGCUAUAUGUCUGAAGUACACUGGGGUCUUUGCAGAGAACGGUGAGGACACACAGGGCAAGGGGCUGUUCAACAGUAAGAGUGUGGGUUCACUCAUCGAAGACAGCAUGUCCAAAAACUCUUUGGAUGUGGUGGAGGGCUGUUGCUCUGACUUAGCCAUCACCUUUAGUGGAAUGUCACCAAACCAGAUGCAGGUCAUGAUGUUUGGGGUUUACAGACUACGCCCGUAUGGGCACAACUUCCAUGAUUCCUUGAUAUUCCUGCCCCCCGAGGGCUCUGACAAUGACUAAAGUGCAAGGCUUCCCCCUUUGGGCCAGACAUGGAAUUAAAAAGACUGCUGGUGUGUGAUUUCAAGUCAACUGUUGAACUGUUUUCUGAUUCAGUUUGUAUACAUGAGAGAGGGUGGCAAAUCUUUAGUCUUUUAUACCUUUUGAAAUUUGCACUCCGCACAAUACAAUUGUGGUUUAGAAGAAUGAAUGAACAGAUGUAGGCUAAUACAGUGCUAUGAAGAAAUAUAUCUAACUCUUUCACUUAAUUAAUUAAUUUUCAUUGGUAUGUGUGGCUAAUUUUGUUUAAUUAGGCUAAUACAAGGCCACACAGAGUGAAGAUUUGGUGAAAUUGAUCAAGUAUUGAGAUGACUGUAAAAAUCUGUAAACAAAUAGUUUGCUACACAUGAUUGUUGUCAUUGUAAUUAAAUUAAUGUUGGUGGA